AUGACAGAUAAAGAAAACAGUGAAUUGGCGAGCGGCUUCGUCGAAGUUACGAAAAAAAUCGCGAAGGCACCGAAUACUGAAAUGCAAGGGAUUGUGAGUGCACCAGAAGAUAUUCCGUUCGAAGAAGACAUCAUUCGAAACUCAACUUCAGUUAACUGUUGGCAAAGAUAUAUUGAUCACAAGAGACAAAAUAAGUCGCCAGCAAAGCAAGUUUUCUUGAUUUAUGAACGGGCUCUCGCAAUCUUCGAAAGAAGCUACAAACUUUGGUAUCACUACCUGAAAUAUCGGGAAAGCACUAUUGUCAACAAAUGUCCUACCGAGAAUUCAUGGAGAUCACUCUGUGAUACUUACGAAAGAUGCCUAAUGCGACUGCAUAAGAUGCCUCGGAUCUGGAUUUGCUACUGCGAAGUAAUGAUAAAACGAGGUUUGAUAACUGAGACUCGACGAGUUUUUGAUAGAGCACUUCGAUCUCUUCCGGUGACUCAGCACAUGAGAAUUUGGCCUAUGUACAUCGACUUUCUGACCAGCCACGAUCUUCCGGAAACAACUAUCCGUGUUUAUAGAAGAUACCUCAAAAUAAAUCCUAAAGCUCGCGAAGAUUACGUUGAAUACUUGAUCGAAAGGGACCAAAUCGACGAAGCCGCAAAGGAGUUGACGACUCUUGUGAACCAAGAUCAAAACGUUUCGGAAAAGGGUCAAACUUCUCAUCAACUCUGGACAAAGCUAUGUACUUUGAUAUCGGAGAACCCUGUCAAAAUUUUUUCAUUAAACGUUGAUGCUAUCAUUCGUCAAGGAAUUUAUCGUUACACCGAUCAAGUGGGAUUCUUGUGGUGCUCGCUGGCUAAUUAUUACAGUAAUAACGCCGAAUUCGAGAAGGCUCGAGAUGUCUAUGAAGAGGCCAUUGCAAAAGUAUCCACCGUUCGUGAUUUCGCACAGGUGUAUGAUGCUUACGCAGCUUUUGAAGAAGGAGAAGUGUCGAUUAUGAUGGGACAGAUAGAACAAAGCGGAGACCAAGAGGGAGAAGUCGAUUUAGAAUGGAUGUUCCAGAGAUAUCAAAAUCUCAUGGAGCGUAAAAAUGAGUUGAUGAACAGUGUUCUUUUGCGACAAAAUCCUCACAAUGUGGGCGAAUGGCUGAAUAGAGUGGAUAUCUACGAAGGAAACUACGAUAAGCAGAUUGAAACAUUCAAAGAAGCAGUGAAGUCAGUGAACCCGAAAAUUCAAGUUGGAAAAGUUCGGGAUCUUUGGAUCGGUUUCGCCAAGCUGUAUGAGAGCAACAACGACCUGGAUGCCGCUCGUAGAACCUUUGAGACGGCAGUAGUUUCACAGUUUGGAGGUGUAAGCGAGUUGGCAAACGUAUGGUGUGCUUAUGCUGAAAUGGAAAUGAAACACAAUCGCCCAAGGGCUGCACUAGCUAUUAUGCAAAGAGCUUGUUCUGUUCCGAGGCCUGGAGAACACGAGAAUAUGCAAUCAGUCCAAGCCAGAGUUCACCGAAGUCCUAUCUUGUGGGCCAUGUAUGCAGACUACGAAGAAUGUUGUGGCACCGUUGAGUCGUGUCGUAAAGUCUAUGACAAAAUGAUAGAACUGCGCGUAGCAUCACCACAAAUGAUAAUGAACUACGCCGUCUUCCUCGAGGAGAAUGAAUAUUUCGAGCUUGCUUUCCAGGCAUACGAGAAGGGGAUUGCAUUGUUCAAAUGGCCAAGUGUCUUCGAUAUUUGGAACACUUAUCUUGUCAAAUUCAUAAAAAGAUAUGGUGGUAAAAAGCUGGAAAGAGCUCGAGAUCUAUUUGAACAGUGCCUCGAGAACUGCCCGCCGACUCAUUCCAAAUGCAUGUUAUUCUUAUUUAUCGGCUUCAAAACAUUCUUAUCAUUUCAGAUAUAUUUCUUCUGUAUGCCAAACUCGAAGAAGAACAUGGACUUGCUCGUCACGCUCUGUCAAUUUACAACAGAGCAACUUCUGGAGUGGACCGUUCUGACAUGCAUUUGGUAUUUUUUAGUUAUGUCUGAAACUUCAACGCAGAUUUUUUUGCAGAUGUAUAAUAUCUACAUCAAAAAGGUUCAAGAAAUGUAUGGAAUUGCUCAGUGUCGUCCUAUUUUCGAGCGCGCAAUUUCGGAACUACCAGAAGACAAAUCUCGAUCAAUGAGCUUGCGCUAUGCACAGUUAGAGACAACUGUCGGAGAAAUCGACCGAGCAAGAGCAAUAUAUGCACACGCAGCAGAAAUCUCGGAUCCAAAGGUUCAUGUUAAAUUUUGGGAUACCUGGAAGAACUUUGAAGUUGCCCACGGAAAUGAAGCUACUGUUCGUGAUAUGCUCCGCGUUCGUCGCUCCGUUGAAGCAUCUUACAAUGUUAACGUCACACUGACAUCCGUGCAGAUGCGUGUGGAUGCUGAACGAAAAGCACAAGAAACGACAAGUGGAUCUGCUAAUCCUAUGGAGUCUCUUGACCAACAAGCACAUGUGUCAUCUGAUGGAGGUACAGUCACACAAUUAUCCAUGAACAAGGGUAAUAUCUCAUUCGUCCGCGGAGCUAGCAAAACAGUUCAACAAGAUACGACUGAAAAUCCCGAUGAGAUUGAUUUGGAUGACGACGAGGAAGAUGAGGACGAAGGAAAGGAAGGAGAGGACAUGGACAUUCAAACUAAGACGGUGCCUGCUCAAAUUUUCGGUUCCUUGAAGCUUGCUGAUGAAAGCGAUGCCUGA